AUGUGUGGUGGUACUGCUGAACCCCAAGAAGAACAAACAGCAUCACAUCCUCAACAGCUCCAGGAAAACCAUCACCACUCUGUCAUUUUCCCCUGAUGGCAAAUAUGUUGUCACAGGAGAGAGUGGGCACAUGCCUGCUGUGCGGGUGUGGGACGUUACAGAGCGGACCCAGGUUGCAGAGUUACAGGAACAUAAGUACGGCAUCUCCUGUGUGGCCUUCUCUCCCAACAGCAAGUAUAUCGUCAGCGUGGGAUACCAGCACGACAUGAUCAUCAAUGUCUGGGCCUGGAAGAAAAACAUAGUGGUGGCAGCCAACAAGGUGUCCAGUAAAGUCACGGCUGUGUCCUUCUCAGACGACAGCAACUACUUUGUCACGGCAGGGAACAGGCACGUCAAGUUCUGGUACCUGGAUCACACCAAAUCCUCCAAGGUGAACGCCACGGUUCCUCUGCUGGGUCGCUCGGGGCUCCUGGGGGAGCUGAGGAACAACUUCUUCAGUGACGUGGCAUGUGGGAAGGGUCGUAAAGCCGGCAGCACCUUCUGCAUCACCUCCUCGGGCCUGCUCUGCGAGUUCAAUGACAAACGCCUGCUGGACAAAUGGGUGGAACUAAGGAAGAACGACAGUGUCACAACCAAUCAGGCCACGUCUCUGUCUGUGACGGACGAGCUGAUCUUCUGUGGCUGUGCUGACGGCACGGUUAGGGCCUUCAGCCCCGUCAACCUGCACUUCAUCUGCACCCUGCCACGCCCACACUGCCUGGGCACAGACAUCGCCACCGUGGUGGAGGCUAGUCACCUCUUCAGCCACAAGAUGGACGCCCGGUGUCCUGACACGGUGGCUGUAUCUUAUGACCCUGCCAGCCGCUGGCUGUCCUGUGUCUACAAUGACCACAGCCUGUACGUGUGGGACGUACGGGACCUGCGCAAAGUGGGCAAGGUCUACUCCGCCCUCUACCACUCGGCCUGCGUGUGGAGCGUCGAGGUGUAUCCAGACAGGGUAAGGGAUGGCAGGCAGCCCUGUCUGCCUCCAGGUUCCUUCCUCAGCUGUUCUUCAGACAAUACUAUCCGUCUCUGGAACACUGAUGGACACAACACCACUCUCAGCCACAACGUCAUCAGCAACGACCUCCAGAAGAUAAUCUACAUGGACAACAACACCGCCGGCCUGCUGGACACAGAGUGCCUCAACUCGGGGAAUGGAGAGAAGGCCGACCCCCAGACCUCGGAGACCAGGACGGGCAUCAGGACCAUGUGUGUCAGCCCAGACGGGCAGCACUUGGCAUCGGGCGACCGCACCGGCACCUUGAGGAUCCACGAGCUGGAGAGCAUGGGGGAGAUUCUGAACGUUCAGGCCCACGACUCAGAGAUCCUGUGUCUGGAAUAUUCCAAGCCUGAGACGGGGCUGAAGCUGCUAGCCACAGCGAGUCGGGACCGGCUGAUCCACGUGCUGGAUGCAGAGCGGGAGUACAGCCUGCUGCAGACGCUGGAUGAACACUCCUCUUCCAUCACUGCAGUACGAUUCGCUGCCAAUGAAGGCAAGGUGAGGAUGAUCAGCUGUGGCGCUGACAAGAGCAUCUACUUCCGCACAGCGCAGAAGUCAGAUGAAGGAACCGUGUUUACUCGCACCCACCACAUCGUACGCAAGACAACGCUGUAUGACAUGGAUAUCGACCCCACCAGGAAGUACGCUGCUAUUGGUUGUCAGGACCGCAGCAUCAGAAUCUUCAACAUCAGUAAUGGCAAACAGAAGAAACUGUACAAGGGUUCCCAAGGAGAGGAUGGGACUGUCAUCAAGGUUCAGACAGACCCCUCAGGGCUGUAUGUGGCCACCAGCUGCUCAGACAAGAACAUCAGCAUCUUUGACUUCUACUCUGGGGAGUGUGUGGCCACCAUGUUUGGACACUCUGAGGUUGUGACUGGAAUGAAGUUUACCAAUGACUGCAAGCACAUGAUAACUGUGUCCGGUGACAGCUGUAUCUUUGUGUGGCGUCUGGCCCCGGAGCUGACCAUCAGCAUGAGACAGCGUCUCUCGGACCUCAAACAGAACGGCAAGCCAGUUCAGAGGACCCCACCUCACAAACCUUGCAAUCUCAGCACCAGGAGAGAGGUACACAGCACCCCUCCCAUUGUCACCAUGUCCUCCGACAGUGACAAAGACUUGGAGGAGGAGGAGGGGAUAGAAGAGGAGGAUGAGGAAGAGAGGAUCUCUCCUUACAUGGUGUCAGGCUGCAGUGCAGGGGAAGAGACAGACACCUCAGACGAAAAGCACAACUCUCACGACGGAGAACUGAAAAGGGAGAACUCUUUUGGCAGGCGGUCCUCCCAGGGCAGUCACCACUCUGAGGACAGGGAUCCCCGUCCGCGGCGCCGCUGGUCCAGACGCAUGGACAGCAUGGAUCUGAUGGUCAAGUCCAUGUUGGACCUCAGACAGCUGGACUCCUUCGCCAUGCCCCCCUCCUCCCCCACUAAGACCCAGACCCAGCCUGUUGCUGACUCCUUCAGAGACCCAUUCAGAGAGGACGAGCUGGGCAGCACCAUCAGCCUGCAACCCCUCACUGCAUGGGGGGAGUCUGAGCAGAGGUCCCAGCAGCGGCCCCAAUACAUCAUGCUCUCUCCACAGACACCUGACACAGAGACAGGCCCAGUGCUGUACCCCAACGGCUGUGAGGACAGGGUCAGCUUAGCUGGCAGUGAGUACCUGGUGAAGGAGCUGCUGCCUGGGCCUGGGGCCAGCAGGAGUGUGAAGGGGUACCAGAACCACAACCAGUGGAGCCAGGGCCACCAUGACAAACACAGCCCAGACAGUGCCUGCUCUGUGGGCUACUACAGCAGCAGACUGUCCAGUCCAGACAGCCCAGACAGCCCAGACAGCCCAGACAGCCCAGACAGCCCAGACAGUCCAGACAGUCAGCAGCAGCCUCCUGGAGAGGACUCUGAGCCCACGGAGCCUCUCAGUGUGGAUGGGAACUCCUCUGAAUUGGACAUGGAGGAACUGGAGGUGGAAGAGGAGGGGGGCGUAGGGAGAGGAGAGGCCAAGGGGACGACGGUAGUACCCCAGACCCCGGACCAGGAGGCCUUCCUCAAACAGCACUUUGGCAACCUGGCUGAGCUUAACAACCCAGUGAGUCCGACCAGAGUUGCCACCCCUGACAGUGUCAGCAUCUCCUCCAAGUUCUUGUCCCAAUGCUCUGCUGGAAGCAGGACCUCCUUUCCAUUCCUAUCUAAUAGCGUUGGUGAGGGGAAGGUAGCCAGCGGUGUGAUGAGGCCCCUGGUCUCUCAGGUGAGGCCUCUCAUGGAGCACAACCAGGGCCGAGACCAGACCCAGAACCAAGGUCAGAGCCAGGCUCAGGGCCACAACCACGGCCACAGCCAGAGGAAGGGCUCAGAAGACUCUCAAAAGGGCCCCACCGGGAGACUAGAAGCAGUGGACACUACGGAUACGUUUUUUAAUCUGCGGGCCUCUCCUCUGAGGAAGAAGCUGGCCAACCCUGCAGUGGACUCCCGUAGGAUGGUCAGCCCCGUGGCCAAGGCUACAGCCUCACACCUCAUCUCUACAGGCAUGAGGAAGUCCCAGUCAGUCCAGAACCUGCACACUGAGGGUGAGACACUAAUAGACAUGCCUCUGACCCUGUCUCGGCCCUCCAAGGAGGUGGCCCCCCAGUCCCAUCACCCCCAGGCCAGCGAGCGUCCAGUGACCCUCCCCACCACCCCCCGCCGCACCCUGCCCAGCGUGCCCCCCUUCUGCAGCCCCACCUCCCCCCAGCCUCGGGACAGCACCAGCCACAGCACAGCCACUACGCCCAGGAGCCUCAAGUCCCGCUGCUCCUACAUGAGCCCCACCACCAGCUCCAUGGCCAAGAUGUCCCGCUCCGUGUCCAUGGGAGACAACCUAAACGUGGCAGAGGAGGAGGCUGGGUCUGGAGGUAGUUCCGACACCUCCAACUCCAACCCUCCAAUGACCAAGAGUCAGAGCUGCUCCUCCCAGAGUCAGAGUACUACCCCAGUGGCCAUGGUCUCCUCAGCCUCCUCCUCCCUCUCAGGGUUGGGUUUAGCCAUGCCCCAGGCUGCUGUUAUCCCCACCCUCAUCGCUAGCUCUAACCCCAGCUCCAACGCUAACCCAACCACCAAGAGCCUGCAGGCCAAGCUGACGUGCAGCACUCGGCCCCAGCUCAACCUGGACAGCUCCAAGUCCCUCCCAGACAAGCCCUCCCUGGCAAUCUUCACUCCCAAUGGUACCUCUAAGACCGCCACAUCCUCCAAGACUGUCAAAGAGGACAACAACUUCUCCCCCAGAUCCCCAGUUAGCUUGUUACCCCACCAGGGCCAGAAUCAACCACCACAGCUCUCCAGCAACGUCCAGCUAGUCAUUGCACUGUCCCCCUCCCCUGCGGAGACUAGCCCAGCGCAGAGCCCUGAGGCGGAGCAGCGUGGUCUCACCGCAGAGCUGCGUCCUGAGGCCCCUGUUGUAGACAACAGACUGGAACAGCCAAAGACAGAGGAAAGCCAGGGCCUGACCCAGGAGGAGAGGCCCGUGACGGAGCUGUCUCUACAGGGCAAUCCGGUCUACCUGCUGUCACAUCGAGGGCCCGGCCAGGACCGCACAGACUGUUCUCUCAGUAUGGAGUCGUGCAGGGUGUUGGCCAGCGAGCUACAGAAUACUUUUAGGAAGGCCUCCCGGUUCUACAGGAUGGUGAACAGUGUGCCUGUAGACUCCAGGCAGGAGCACCAUGAGAUGGCCCAGGUCCUGUCUGAGGCCUUUGAGGCUGUGAGGGCCGAGCUGAGCUCCCUGCCCCAGAGCUCACCACCAUCCCCCUCUGGAGAACCUGCAGCAGGAGGCUCCCUGUGUACACUGGGCUGCCGGCCUGUAGGACCAGGGACAGGGGGAUCAGGCUCAGGCUCAGGGGAGGAGAGGACUCUGGCUCUGCUGGAGCAGUAUUCUGAGCUCCUCCUCAAAGCUGUGGAGAAGAGGCUGGACAACAAUCAGCUCUCCUAGACAAUCCUCAAGGGAGAGGCAUCUUCUUUUACCCCCUCCCUUUAAGACUGAACCAACCAACCCCCUUGCAAAUGUAGGAUCUUAAGCCAUUGUGCAAGGAUAUCUGCGGACCUGAUUUAUCAGUGGACCUACUACAGUACUUGUUUUUUAAAUCGACUUGUUGUUUUGAAGAUGAACAGAUUAAAAUAUUCCUGAGGGACACCUGUACAUAAGUUCUUUUUUAAAGGACUUCUAUCUCUCUCUCACCCUGCUGGACUCUGGUUGGGUGGUGGGAUUGUGAGGGUUGCAGUCAGCACAAAGGCCCACUGUAGUAGGCCAACGUGUAACACUAACAUGCCAACAGCACAGAUACUGAUACUGCAGGGAGACCCCUCAGGAUGAUCGAUGCCUCAGCAUUCAUUCCCAGUGUGGCUAAACUGCACUAUAGACUGUCAUUCACCAACCUACCUCCCUCUUAAUAUGUAUCACCUACAGUACCUACCAGACACCUGCACUCUCACAACCACUUGUUUUAUUUACCCCUGUUGCCAAAUAUUGUGCCCUGCUACUUUGUUUUAAGGAAGUUGUUGUUGUUAUGGAAACGCCUGAGGCUAUUACGUAAGUAAUUAGCAGUUAUGCCCUUUGUUACAUAGAUCUCUCAUAGAUUAAGGAAAUAUUAAUAGUUGCUACAUUUCAUGCUGGCUAUCAUUUUGGGUAGAAGAAGCAGAACAUUUGACAAUCGAAGGGUGUUGUUGUUCAAUGCCAUUCCUGACCCCAGUGUUCUAAAACAAUACAAUUGUGAUCCCUACAAUUUGAACUUUCUGUGUUGGUGUCCCUGUCCCGAGCAGGGCUCUUACCCACCAACACGAUGCACCAGGCCAUAGCCACCUCAAAACUACAAGUGGAACACAAGAACCUUCCAAGUCUUAGAAGACAGAUUGUCAGACAUAAUCAUGUUUUAGUGGGUGAUUCGAUUUGAUACAUUGUGUUUUGAGAGGCCCUGUCUGUGUGUGAUGUGUGGUUGUAUUUAUUAUAUUGUAAACGGACCAUGUUACAAAUGGGGUUGUCAGCCUCUUGUGAGUUGUACAUUUUGUUUUGAUACUGCUGACUGGUGUCAGUAUGUUUUGUGCCAGAGCUAGGUCAUCAGUGGGGGACCAACAGAAGACUUGAAGAUAUACAGUAUCAACUGAGUCUCCUCGUUCUUGAACUCUGCUGGAUGAUUUUAUAAAACGUGUGAAUUGUGUUCCCUGUAAUAAUACAAAUGUCUCAAAGAAAUGGGUGCCUUAAUUCAAAACCAGCUUUUUUCAUGGUUCUAAAUUUGUUACGCAAUACCAAAAUAAUAUUUAAUUGUGAUCAAAAGGUGGCUACUGAAAUGUAUCUACUGCUGUGGGAAUCAAAUGACAUUGAGGAGAAGCGUUCUCUGGUGACACUGAAAAGAGACAUCUUAGGGUUGGGUUACCUGAGGAUAAUAACACAUGUAAUUCACAGCUCUUGCAUCAGAUACAAACCGGGCAGGAAAAUAAUGAUUUCCGCACCAAUUCCUCAACAUUAAUUGGCUUCAGGUUUUCAUCCUAGUCUCUGGCACUUAUCCACCACAGUAACAAUAUAUAGCACUUCCUUAGCUAUCAAAACGGUCAUAGGUCAAAUUAAUGUAUUUGUAAUAGCUUAGGAUACUAAACUAAACCUUCAGGGUCUCUGUGUGUAUAUAAUGGUGUAACUUAUCUGUGUCAAAGGCUCAGACUAAUUAUUGUGUUCUGCUGCUGCUAUGGCAAUUGUGGCUGCAGACAAGCACAACACUGCCCUCUGUUGUUGGACCUACAUCACUGCCCAGCUGCUGUGACAAACAGCCCAAUCACUCACCUCCCACCACUCAUCUCUGGUCAGGAGAAUGAUAUUCUGUGCUGUGUUUUACAUGUUAUAAUACACUAGUGCUCUCAAACAAUAUUUUAAUCACCUGUGUAUACAAUACUGGGUAUUUUCUCAGUUAUUGAUAGACUUAUUGUUAGGAAACUUUCACAUAUUGGUAGAAACAGUCUGAUCUGGUACCCAAUGUUCUUCCAUCCUCUCAAAGUGCCAUGCCUGGAACUUUAUCAUUUCUCUACUUUUGAUUAAAACAUUGUAUGUACAAAUGACUAGAUGGAUGUGCAUGGACAGACCGCAAAGUUUUUAAAUUGCAGUCGAGCACUGAAAGAACAUGGGUAAUGGUAUAGAAUAAGAAUGAAUUAUUCUGCUGUUUAUUAGUUAUUCAGUAUUUCCCCAUCUGACUGACAAUAUUCAGAACGGUAACGUUAUCUAGCAGACUGGAGGUUUCAUUAAGACAUAGGAUUGUAUUUCAAUGGACAGUAGUACAGAUACCUUUCUGCUGCUAGUAUGCAUGAGUAUAUAUGCAUGAAGGGUAGUGAGGUAUGGAGGUUGACUGACUGGCUCGUUCCUUAGCAGGAUUGCAUGGUUGAACGUACCCUAGGCUUUUUAAACUGAGUCGAUCCCGCUCUUUUUCACUGACUGGUACCCCUGUAGCUGACCCUAGUUCUAAUCUCACCUUUUAUAUGUUAUGAUGAUUACUUGUCUUAAACUGCAGAUGAUGGACCUGCAUUUUCCUCUUUUAGGAAUGAUCACCUUUCAGGCAUUUUGUGAGCUGUUUUCUGUUUAAACUGCAGAUGAUGGACCAGCAUUUUCCUCUUUUAGGAAUGAUCACCUUUCAGGCAUUUUGUGAGCUGUUUUCUGUUUUGCACCAACCUGAGUUCAGUGUUUUUACUGUAUUCCCUCUCUGACAGAGAAUAAAAACAAAUGUAUUACACUCAA